AAUGUCAGAAGUAAUCGACGAAAGUAUCUUAAAUACAGAAGCUUCAGAUGAUCCAAUACCUCCAUUAAAUGAUGAUCAGAUUGCUGAGCUUUUGGGUGAAGAUGGAGAAAUUAUGGAGAUAACUGAGCAGAAAGACGAAUCAGAUGAUGUGGUGAUGCUGGACGACGAUGAUGACGACACUCCGGAACCGAUUCUCGUGAUUGAUAUGGAUGAGGAUGAGGAUGUUACUACAGAUGGUCCUGAAUCUCAGGAAGAGCUGGCUGCAGAUGCUCCGGCUCCAGGAGCUCCAGAAGCUUCAGCUCCAGCUCAAGAAGCCUCAGAAGCUUCAGCUCCGGAUCAAGAAGCUCCAGAAGUUCAGGAUGUUCCGGAUUCUUCGGGAGCUCCAGAUGCUUCAGCUCAGGCUUCAGAGGCUUCUGAUGCUUCAGCUCCAGAAGUUCCAGGAUCUACAGAAGCUCAGGAUGCUCAGGAUGUUCCGGAUUCUUUGGGAGCUUCAGAUGCUUCAGCUCAAGAAAUUCCAGAAGCUCCAGAAGCCCCAGAAGCUCCAGAAAUCGCCGCUGAAAUCGACGAAGAAGUGCUGCUCGCCGAGCAAAAUGGAGUUUUGGACGAAGGAUUUGAUGAGACUGACGAUAUUAUCAUAGAAGAAGAAGCUGUAGAAGAAGCUGAAGCCGUGGAGCCACCAAUUAACACUGAAAAUCAGGAAAACGCGCUGGAAAUGCUCGAAGAGCGCCUCAAGAAGAAUGAAGAAAAGGAAAUUGUGGAGAAAAGUGAUGUGAAGCCAGAGGAUGAAGAUAUUAUACAUAUGGAGACGGAUUCAGUUGAAACGUCAAGCCGCAAACGUACUGGCGGAGCCACAAGUCCGCGGAGCCCGGCUCAAAAACGACCAAAACGACGUGUUCAAACGUUAUUAAAGAUGCGUCAGAAUGCAAUUGAACUAUUGACACGACUUUAUGGCUCAUGGGAUGCACAAUUGAGCCUCUCAAAUCUUGAGACAAUUCGAUUGUUGGGUGUCAAUAAUAAUAGGAAGCUUAUCGAAAUUUUUGAGGAGAAUGAGCAAGUGCUCAAACAAAAAGUGUCCGCACUGACAGAAGAGCUGAAAAAGGAGAAGCUGGCUCACGCGGGAACCCGUUCAGCAUUGAAAGAAUUGACUAAUGAAAUAACUGGAAUGCGUGUACAAAUGAAUAAACUACGUUCAAUGGUCACUCAGCCUACGACUUCGAAAAUUAUUGAUAGUUUUGUUCAACGUCAUCAGGCUUUCGAGCAGCAACAACAAUUCCAACACCAACACCACCAACACCGACCAAUAAUGUUGGCUCCACGUCAUCAUCCGCCGCCGCCCCCGCAUUUUACACCGAAUCAACGGGCGGCGGCUCCGUAUCAUCCGAAUAUGGUUCAACCGAAUCGUCUUGCUGCUAUGCCACAUAGAAGACCGAUUAUUGGAAUGCAGCAACAAAAUUCGGCUCCACCACAAUUCAACGGUCACCAAGCUCUCGUCCCAUCACCUCAAUCAUCAUCUGCAUUUUCUCGUCCACCACCAACUCAACUUGCAACACAGAGAAGAGCUCCACCAUUGGCAAGUACCGGCCUUCCGGCAACAGUCAGAUGGGAAGCAAUUCCACCGCCAAAAAAUCCGAAUGUCGGGCACAAUGAGCCACCGCUUAACAAUGGAGGCCGUGCACAGCCACUAAUCGAUAAUACACGUGUACACGACAAUACAAUUAUGCUGUGUGUACCACUUGUCUCCACUGCAAAUACAAUAUCAUCGGGCGAUUCGACACGUCUACCAAAAGUACCACGAAUCUACGAGAAUCUCACGGCAAAUCCCGAUUUGAGUGUGACGAUUCAUUCGAGUGCACAGGAUUUCCGAGAGAAUUAUCAAAUUGGUGGAAAGAUUAACUAUGAAUAUCUCGGAGGAUUUGAUCAAUAUAAUAUCCAAGUGUUCGUCCAAGUGUCAUCUCUUAAAUUCACUGGAAUGAACGGUUACCCGGAUCCAGAAGAUCGUAUAUCAAUUGACUGGGGAUGCUCGAAAUUGUGGCCUUGUAAGCCGAAAUCUCAUCACAAAUUCCGUGUACGCUUCCAUCAAGCACAACUGCUGCCGAAGAACGAUCGAAUUACGAUUGUGGCUGUGGCGAAGGAUAAAACUAGCGGAAUUAUUCACAUUUCGCAGCCCACCUUCAUCACUCUCGAAUGAUCGAUCUCUUCACGUCAAAUGCACUUUUUUCUGGAUUUUUUUGUUAAAAAAUUUGAAAUUCUCGUGUUUUUUCUUCUGAAAAAUUGCUUUUUUUGAUUUUUUCUGUAAUUUUUUUUUUGUUGAUUUUCUUAAUUUUUUUAAUUUUCAAAAAAUCUUUUUCAUCUCUUUCUCUCUCUCUCUGAAUCUCAAUUUUUUCCUGAAUUUCCCCGUUUUUUUCUGAUAAUUUUCAAUAUUUCUCUGAAUUUUUCUAUUCCCCCCGUUGUAAUGCCAAAAUAUGUGGUAAUUUCUCCCCAUUUUUUCGCUUUAUUACUAUUUAUUCUAUUCAAUUGGUGCCUCUCUCAAUGUGUUGUAUGAAAAACACUGUUUUAUGG